UAGAAAUCGUGUGAAAACGAAAAAACUAACUAAAUAAACCAAUUGACGCUGGCUUUAAAUACACUGCGUAAAAAUUAUAAUGUAAAAUUGACAGUAAAAUAUCACUCAAAACCAUGGACAGACCGAAAGCAACAAUUAUAAAAAAAUUCUAAAUAAACGCAUUUUAACAUGACAAAAUUUAUAGUAUAUAAAAAAUUCUCUUUGAAAUAUGAUAAACCGGACAUGUAACAUUAUCAGAUAUUACAACACUGUGAUUGAUUCUGUCGUGCUCGCGAAGAGAAUUACUAGGACACCCAGAAAACGUGGAACGUUUAACUCUUUACUCGGUUCAUCGCAAAGAUAUCUGAGUGACGGAGGAUUGUCAUUGCCUCCAGCAGCCACUCUCAUUCAGAAUGAUAGCCAAGGGACCGUCGUGUUACUCGGCACCGUCCAUUUCAGUAAACAAUCAGUUGAAGAUGUUUCAAUGAUAGUGAAGACGUUGAAUCCAAACGCUAUACUUGUAGAACUAUGUCGGCAAAGAGUGUCUCUGUUGGAAUUAGAUGACAAGAAGUUCUUGGAAGAUGCCCAAAAGUUUGACGCUAGGAAAAUGAAGGAUGCUGUGAAAGGCCAAAACUUGGUCUCAGGCAUGUUACACGCUAUGUUACUCAAGACUUAUGCAGAUAUUGCAAAAGAAUUGGGAGUUGCACCAGGGGGAGAAUUCAGAAGAGCUUAUCAAGAGAUGAAAAGGAUACCUGGUUGCAAACUUUUCUUAGGAGAUCGACCUAUACAAAUAACAAUUGCACGAGCAUUUCAGUCUUUAAAUGUCUAUGAAUUAGGUCAAGUGCUUUAUCACCUAACUACUUCAAAUCCAAAACCAUUAGAUAGAAAUUCACUGGAGAAGUAUAAAGAUAGAGAUUUCGUGCAAGCUCAGUUCGAAGAAAUCACGAGGGAUGUACCGGCAUUCAAGAAGAUUUUUCAUGUGUUCGUCGACGAACGUGAUAAAUGUCUUGCAUAUUCGUUGCAAGAGUGUGUGCGCACUGUGAAUAAUCCCCGAGUUCUGGCCGUUGUUGGGAUGGGCCAUGUUGAUGGGAUAGUCAAAUAUUAUGGAAGAAUGAAACAAGAAGACAUUGUUCCUCUGUUAUUUUACACGAUUUUCGUGUUGCUCAAGCCCCAUGGUGGUACAAGGUUGAUGGUGCAAAUUGGUGGCAUCCAUACGGACCUGAUUCGAAUAUUGAAGGUAUUGAGGACCAUCCUGCAGUACAUGUAUCAUGGAAUGAUGCUGUUGAAUAUUGCAAAUGGCGAAACGCCAGGCUCCCUAGUGAAGCAGAAUGGGAAGCUGCUUGCCGUGGCGGUCACCACAACACAAAUUAUCCCUGGGGCAAUAAACUUUUCCCUAAUAAAAAACAUAUGGCUAACAUCUGGCAAGGAACAUUUCCUAAUCACAAUUCUGCUAGAGAUGGCUAUCUCGGGACUAAUCCAGUUCACAUGUUCCCACAGAAUGAUUUUGGAUUUCACAAUAUGGCUGGUAAUGUUUGGGAAUGGACUCAGAAUUCUUGGUCUGAAACUGAGCCACAAGAGAAGGUGAAGAAAGGUGGAUCGUACCUGUGUCACCGUUCCUACUGCUACCGAUACAGGUGCUCGGCACGCUCGCACAACACGGCCGACAGCUCCACGGGAAAUCUAGGAUUUCGAUGUGCAAAAUCUUUGUAAAAUUAAUUUUAUUCAUAUGUUACCUGAAAAGUACUUAGUUGACUUGGAAUGAACGGAUUUAUGUUGUUAUUAUUUAAAAGCUAGAUUUUAAUAUUAAGAGUCUGUUACAUAAGUUAAUUAUAAUUCAAUUGAAAUUUCAAGUUAACCUAAUAUCAUGAAAAAAAAUUAUUCUUUUAUUUUUAUAUCAAGUUUAAAGAUUCAUUGAUAGUAUUUAAAUUGAUUUGGAAUUAUUUUUUAUUUACUAAAAUGGAGAGUCAAUAUGGCCCAUCAGAUAAUAAAUCAUUGCAACAGUUAUAUGACAUACUAGUGCUACUCUAAAAAAGCAUUUUUGAUUUGGUGGAAUAAUUUUUGCAACAUAUAAAAUAAUACAUGCGUAUUUUAUUUAGAAUAUAUGUAUAAUAAUGAAGUUCCUAAAAAUAAUGUGUUUAGUUAAUAAUAAGAGAUUUCGGUGCAUGGAUUUUUUCUUCGCCAGUUUUGUAAGAAAUUGAAUCUUGCGAAAUUUUGUGAAUUCACUCCGCAUUCCAUACCUUUCAAUUAUCGAAGGGAUUUGAUACUUAUAUUUUUAAUUAAAGACUGUGAUUUUUAUUUGUGAGAUGUGAUCUGCUCUUGUAACUCUCAAAUAACUAGCAGAAAAAAAUAUCACACCAUUCUAAUUAUGUAUAUUGUUAAAGUUAAGAGUUCAAAGAUCAAAUGUAUGUAAAUGAAAAGUGAAAUGUAAGUUAACACUUGUUUCGUUUGCAUGUGAUUAUUUGUUACUUAAUCAUUACAAUAAUUAGCUUCUUUGAAUAAAUGUUUUUAUUAUGAUAAA